CCGCCACCUCGCCCUUCCCACCACUCCCCUGCCAGGCGGGCCCAGCACCGCCUGCGGGGGGCGCGCGACCCCGGGCGCAGGGACACGGGCCGCCCCUCCACUCUUGCCUUGGCCUCCGCCCGCGGGUUUUCCGCGGAGGCGGCGGCGGGGCGGGCCGGGCGGGGGCGGAGUCUGCGUCUAUUUCAGGCAGCGCCGGGCUCUGCCGCGGACAUCGGCGGCUCGGCCUGGACACAGCCUGAGCCUGGGCGAUGCUGAGCAUGGCGACUCUCUUCCACGGCCCUCCAGGCCAGCAGCCUGAGCCAGGGGCCCUCGACUUCCCCAGAAGCCCCCAGAAGUUGCCCUCCGCAUCGGAGGCAGAGUCAGAAGCUUCCAUGUCGGAGGCCUCCUCUGAGGACCUGGUGCUGCCCCUAGAGGUGGCCCCUGGUCGGGAGUCGGACAAGGCUGCUAAGAAGGAGAAGAAGAAGAAGUCAAGAGGCCUGGCCAGUGUGUUUAGUGUCUUCACCAAAGGGAGGAAGAAGAAGCCUCAGCCCAGCUCAGCGGAGGCAGAAGGCGAGCCUGAGCCCCGGCCCCAGCUGGCCGACCGGCUGCCCACAGUGGAGGAGCUCAAGGCGGACCUGGAGCGCGGGCGGCUGGAGGCGGCGGGGCCGCUGCUGGCGCUGGAGCGGGAGCUGCAGGCGGCGGCGGCGGCGGGCGGCGCGAGCGCGGAGGAGCUGGUGCGGCGCCAGAGCAAGGUGGAGGCGCUCUACCUGCUGCUGCGCGACCAGGUGCUGGGCCUGCUGCGCCGGCCGCUGGAGGCGCCGCCCGAGCGGCUGCGCCAGGCGCUGGCGGUGCUGGCCGAGCAGGAGCGCGAGGACCGCGCGGCGGAGGCGGCGGCGGCGGCGGCGGCGGGGGGCCCCGGGCCCGCGUCGCUGGCGCCCACGCGGCCCCGGCGCUGGCUGCAGGCGUGGCGACGCGGCGUGGCGCAGGCGGCCGAGGAGCGCAUGAGCCGGCGGCCGGCCGCGGACGCCGAAGGCCGCUCGGAGGCCGAGCGCGUCUUCGUGCACAUGGGCCGCACCAUGCGGGAGGACCUGGAGGCCGUGGUGGAGCGGCUGAAGCCGCUGUUCCCCCCCGAGCUCGGCGUGGUGGCCGCCUAUGCCGAGAGCUACCACGAGUACUUCGCGGCCCAGCUGGAGGCCGUGGCGCAGUUCGAGCUGUGCCCGCGAGACACCUACAUGCUCCUGGUCUGGGUGCAGAACCUCUACCCCAAAGACGUCAUCAACAGCCCCAAGCUGGCGGGCGAGCUGCAGGGAGUCGGGCUUGGGAGCCUCCUGCCCCCCAAGCAGAUCCGGCUGCUGGAGGCCACGUUCUUCUCCAACGAGGCGGCCAGCAUGAGGGAGCUGAUGGCCCGCGCCCUGGACCUGGAGUUGAAGUGCUGGGACCAGGAUGCGGCUCCCCAGAAGCUGGACGGCCACUGCCACAGUGAGCUGGCCAUAGACAUCAUCCAGAUCAUCUCCCAGGGCCAGGCCAAGGCCGAGGAGAUCACGCCUGACGUGGGUGCGCAGAUGAAGCGUGUGCUGCAGGUGGAGCUGGCUGCGGUCCUCAGGAGCUACCAGCGCGCCUUUGAUGAUUUUCUGGAGAGCAGCAAACAUCUGGGAAAUUACAGGGCCAAUGUCAUCGCCAACAUCAACAACUGCCUGUCCUUCCGAACGUUCAUGGAGCAGAAGUGGCAGACAGCACAGGACCUCCUGAGCCACCUGCUGAACCCCCUGAAUGAGCUCAAGAGUCGUGGCUUUGAUACCCUGCUUCAGGGCCUGUUUGGGGACCUGAAGCCGCUGUUUAAGAAGCUCUCGCAGACCCGCUGGGCAGCCCCCGCGCAGACCCUGGAGCAGAUCAUCUGUGCUGUGAGGGAACGGCUGCCCGAGUUCGAGGAACUGCACGACUGUUUCCGGGAGGAGCUCAUGGAGGUCAUACACCUGCACCUGGUGAAGGAGUACAUCAUCCGCCUCAGCAAGCGGCGCCUGGUCCUCAGGACGCCGGAGCAGCAGCAGCAGCUGGCGGGGCACAUCCUGGCGAACGCGGAGCUCAUCCAGAACUUCUGCACGGAGAAUGGCUCCCCCGCAACCUGGCUGCAUCGUGCCCUCCCCACACUCGCCGAGAUCAUUCGCCUGCAGGACCCCAGUGCCAUCAAGAUCGAGGUAGCCACUUAUGCCACCUGGUACCCUGACUUCAGCAAAGGCCACCUGAGCGCCAUCUUGGCCAUCAAGGGGAACCUGUCCAGCAGUGAGGUCAAGAGCAUCCGAAGCAUCCUGGACAUCAACACGGGGGCGCACGAGCCCUCCAAGCCCCUAUUUUCACUUAUAAAUGUUGGUUAGCUUUUUCCGCGGCCUGGCCUGCGUGUGAGCCGCGUGUGAGCUCCUGGUGAGCCUCGGGCGCGGGGCCGUUCGGGCCCCGUCAGCUUCACAGCCCUUCACAGCCCGGCAUAGGCAUCCUGCCUCCUGCUGUUGCUGCUGCUGUUGCUGCUGCGCAGCGGUGGCCAAGGCGCUGGACUUGGACAGGCCCUGGUUUGUUUACCCCUCCUGUGGGGGCAGGAGCACCUGCUGUGGGAGCCACGGAGGCCACGCCUGAGAAACUCUCUGUGAAUGAGUGUUGAUCUUGCGUGUCCUGAAGGAGGGGCCGGGCUGGGGAGCGGCCAGGGGUCAGAGAUCCUGGCUCUCUGCCUGUUUGUGGGGGUCCUCCUCAUGGCUGGGUUGAAGCGCCUUCCCAGCGCCCCAAGCCCCCUGCCCCCAGCCUCCCCGCUCCUGCCCCCUUUGGUCCAGGGCUGCUCUGAGCUGGGCUCAGCAGGUGUGUGGAAUGGAAGACAGAACUGAAAGGAAAAAAGAAAAAGAUGAGCUCUGAUCUGGGGCGUGGAAAGGAGCCUGUGGGAUCACACAGCAAGCUGGGGCCAGAGCCAGCCCCGCCGCGGCGCAGACCCCGACCCCUCUCUGAUGCCCCUCCUUCCCCUGAGAACAGGCCCCGGGGGUCCGAGGACCUCCUGAGUCUCCUCUCUGCUGCCCUCCCCCACUCGUGCCUUCCCCCCCACCCCCCGGGGACGGGCGCAGGGGUGCCCCGUGGGCCCUCCGCUGGAGCUCAGGCUGAGGUCUGGGCAGGGCAAGCUGGAGCCCUGGCCCCGCGGCCUGUUUUAGUUCCGACUGCCACUUCCGCGACUUUUCACCAACUUCGUAGCUUAAGACAAGAACUCGUCUUUCCGUUUGGAGGUCAGACAUCUGACAUGGGUCUAGCGGGCUGAAGCCAAGGUUUCGGCCAGGCUGGUUCCCUCUGGAAGCUCCUUCGGGGAAUUUCCUCACCUUUCCAGUUUUUCGAGGCCACCUGCCCAGACGUCUUGGCUCGUAGCCCCUUCCAUCUUCAAAGCCGGACGUGGCGGCUCACCGCCCGGCAUCCUCCUCUGCCUCCGCUUCCGCUUUAAGCCCCUCGCGAUGACCCUUGGCCACGCAGACAGUCCAGCCUCCUCUCUCGAUGUUAAGGCCGGCUGACCAGCAACCUUAAUUCCACCUGACACCUUGAUGCCUCAUUGCCAUGGGCCUCACAUAGUUACAGGUCUGGGGGUAGGAUGGGGGCAUUUUCGGGGGCAUUAUUUUGCCCAACACAGCCUCCAUCCAUCCACCGCCCCAUGGGGUGCCUUGUUCUUCCCCAGGAAAACGUGGGUUCAGUUACCCUCCUGGGCCUCUGCUUGCCUGGAAGGCGCGCUCAGCAUGAGGGGGCAGAUCCGACUUGGGCGCGACCCUGCCUCUGAGAGCAUUGCAGGGGUGUCAGUUCUCGAGGGCCUGUCCCCCCCUUUCCAGGUACUGUGGCCAGAAACUGGCCGUGUAAAUGGUGUACAAAGGCCUUUGUACAUUUAUAGGAGUAGCGUGUUUGAUGUUAUUAUUAUUUUUUUGGUAGUACUGCUUUUGUAUGUAUGUACUCAGAAAAAGACCUGGGUUUUUAUAGUUUGAUAUAAAGCUGAUUUCAAAAGUG